GUAAAAUUACAAAAGCUUUUCAAUCUCGCUCCCAUGUGGUUCAUUUUCAGAGUUAUUCUUUUCUUUGUAGAAAAAGAUGCUAAUUUCCCGAACAUCAUUCCGAUGUUUUUCUCGGUCGAUCCUGAUCGCGACACGCCGGAAGCCGUGAAACGCUACGUCGAGGAGUUUUCACCAAAGUUAGUCGGGUUUACCGGAUCGAAAGAACAAGUGGAGAAAGUCUGUAAGGCUUACAGGGUGUACCACAGUGCCGGCCCGAAGGACGUCGAUAAUGACUACAUCGUUGAUCAUACAAUCAUUACCUACCUGGUAGACCCUGAUGGAAAAUUCGUUGAUUACUACGGCCAACGCCGUACCGCUGAAGAGAUCGCUAACGUGAUUCGGACGAAGAUGAUUAUCUUUGAAAAAGGAAAGAAAAAGACAUGGUUUUGA